AUGGUGCAAGUUUGUUUCGUUUUUGUUACCUGCUUUUUCCUUGCAGGAAUAGUCAGUUCAGUUGAUUUUCCUAGAGUAUCAACUAAACUUGGAGAUAUAAAUGGCGUAUAUAGUACAGUGUCAUUUAAAAACAGAGAAUUCAAAGUUAAGAGAUUUCUUGGUAUACCAUACGCAAUGGCACCUGUCGGAAAGUUAAGAUUCAAGAAACCGGAACCCGUUGAAAUGUUAUCACCGAAUCCGUUUCCGGCAGAUACAUUCGGAUCACCAUGUGCUCAGGUUGACAUGUUUGGUCAGAAAAUAGCAGAAAACUCGCUAACAGAAGAUUGUUUAUUUCUAAAUGUCUACGCCCCAGUUCAAGACCCGGACAAAGCGACGGGACAUGCUGUGAUGGUAUUUAUACAUGGUGGUGGGUUCUCGCUUGGCACAGGAAACACAUAUAUCGGUGACCGUUUAGCGUCUGUCGGUAACGUAUUAGUUGUAACUAUCAAUUAUAGACUUUGGAUAUGGGGCUUUUUGGAUUUCAAUGAUGAAAGAGCUCCAGGAAAUAUGGGCUUAUGGGAUCAACAGAUGGCAUUGAAAUAUGUGAAUAAAUACAUUGAAUCUUUCGAAGGGGACAAGGAUAGGGUCACAAUAUUUGGGCACAUACUUGGCACAACUGCUAAACUGCAGAACUGA